UCUCUUCAUUUGUACAUUGCUCCAUGUUCCUGGAAUGGUCCUGUGUGGCAGCACGAUUAGCAAUUUCUUCCCAACAUGCCUGGCUAAUGCCUUCGACAACAAUCAAUUUGGGGGGAUUUCCCUCUUCUCUCCUACCUUUCCCUCUUCUCUCCUACCUUUCUAGCUUUCCGUGAUUAAUGUCAAGUUUUUUGCUGUAACUACAGAGGGCCAUUCGCAGGAUAGACGUGGGACUAGGAGCAACAGCCACCUGGUAUUUCUGGUAGGACUCACUGCCUUCCCAUUUGAGAAUGUCCCUGCACUGUGGGCUUUUAAUGCCUGUGUUCAAGGAGAUGACUUUCCAUGCCACUAUUUAUAUACCUGCACGGUUUGCUGUUCUGAUUUCAUGGUGUUAAUGGCAAGGCAUUUUGUGUUGGCAAUGCCAAGAUGAGCAGGCACACUGCACAGAAACAGGACCUUUGGCCCAAUUUACCAGUGUCGACCAAGAUGCCCCAUAUACACUGGUCCUACCUGCCAAUGUUUGGCCCAUAACGCUCAAAAUCUUUCCAAUCCAUAGAUGAAGACAUACGACGGCGGGACCAUAGACCAAGUGCUGGAAACUCAACAGGUUAGUCAGCAUCUGUGAGGGGGGGAAUGGGUAGGUGGUGUUUCAAGUUGAGAUCCUUCUUCAGACUGAUAGCUUGGAAUUUGUAUGGCAAAAUGUUCUUUUUCACAUAUCCGGCCUUGCCUAGAAUUUUGUCCCAGUUUUUUUUGUUAACGAAACUGGCAUUUCUGCAAACUCCACCCUUUCCUGCAACUUCACAGUCCAGUGUGUUUGCACAUCCAUCCAUCCCUCCUGUCUGUCCAGGGAGAGAUGUGAGGACAUGACAUCAAACGGCCUAUCUGGCAGGAGAAAUGAAAUGUUUACUUUAGCAACUUUUGCCAUGGUCCCACACCCUUCUUUAGUUUUCCUCUCAUCAGCUCAGAGCAUUUACCACUCUGAAGUGCAUGCCGCAUCUGCACAACUUCAUUGCUGCAACUUCCAACUUUUACAUGGGUUUGUCAUGACCAGGGACAAUGUUGAAUUAGGGGCAAUGUGUUUUCUUUUUUUUUUUUUUAAAGUUUCAAUCCGUUUCUUCACACGGUCUGGUCUUCCAAUGAUUAAAUCAAACUGCAGCAGAUAGCAAUCAGAAUUCACUCGACCGUUUCCGUCAGCAACAUUUAGCGGCUCGGCUUUUUCCGUGGGGAGUGCAGAGUUUUGCAGAGUUGACGAGUCUUGGUUUGGCGGUGCGCUCCCACAACACAGCACAGCACAGCAGACGCAGAUCACCAGGAGCGCUCGGCUAUUUCCGUCAACAGUGCUGUCGCCUUCGGCUCCAACCAGCCGCUUCCCGGCUGCAGUCCCACUCUUGCCUGUCGCUCAGCUCCAGCUGUCAGCCUGGGAUCCAGAAGCAAUUAGGAAACAGGGAAGUCUUUCCUCAGCAACACUUGAGCAAGUUUGGAGAAGCUGCGACCCCACACGCCCAGCCUCAAGACCCAGAGUUUCAUGGGCAAAGAUCCGUCUUGCAGAAGCUUUGGUUCAAAACCCGUCUUUAAAGUCCAAUGCUGGACAAGACGACAGUGAUGAUGUGUAAUCAAGUCAACAUCAUGGAGAGGCAUUAAACUAAAGCUAAGCAUCUCCCAGGAGAGGGUCUGCUUAACUUUGAUGAAUCUUGUUAAGCUGAGAUAUUCAAAGUGGAGCAAGUGAAAGAACUGAUUCCCACUCCCAGCAAGUUGAAUGGAGUGAUCGACAAUGAGGGGGUGGACCAGAAUUCUGAUCCGGUUCAUCGGAAGACAGAAGAUUGCGAUCCUACAAGCGACUGUCUGACCAGCGAGAUGAAGGAUCUGCCUGUGCAGACAGACCAAGCACUCCCACCUCUCACCGAGCGGAAGAAUGUUCUCCAGCUUCGACUGCAGCAACGGAGGACCCGCGAGCAGCUUGCAGACCAAGGCAUCAUGCCACCUCUAAAGAGUCCAGCUGUAUAUCACGACCAAAGAAGAAGUCUGGAAAGAGCCAAGACAGAAGAUUACUUAAAACACAAGAUUAGAAGUCGACCCGAGAAAACAGACCUGGUUAAUAUGCAUAUCCUCCAAGAUACACCUGCGGAGGGUAAACUUCAAGCGACUCAGAUGAAACUGAAGAGGGCGAGGCUGGCCGAUGAUCUCAAUGAGAAGAUAGCUCAACGACCCGGGCCUUUGGAACUGGUGAAGAAGAAUAUAAUUCCAGUGGACUCCGCGGUGAAAGAGGCAAUCAAUGUUGGCCAAGUUAACUUCCCUAAAGCCCCCGACACAUUUUCCUUCGAAGAAGACAGCAGCAAUGACGCUCUAUCUCCAGAACAACCCAGAAGUCAGGAAUCCCAGGGAUCAGAGAGUUUGCUUCCAGAAACAAAGUUCACUGAGUCAUCAUCACCUCUUGCAACCACUACAAUACAGUAUCUUCCUCACCUCUCCCAGCAGUGUGACUUAAACAGAUGUACACCUAAUAACCAGAUCAGACAGCCAGGAAGCCAAAACCAGCUGAAUGGUCAAGUUUCCACACCAAUCCCAGUGCCUGCAAUAGUUAAAACCAAGCCGUCAUCAGAUGGGAAGAACCAGCGACACAAGAAGCCAAAGGACACAAAGCCAAAGGUGAAGAAACUGAAGUAUCAUCAGUACAUUCCACCAGAUCAGAAACCGGAGAAGUCCCUCCCUCCGAUGGACUCGGCCUAUGCCAGGCUUCUCCAACAGCAACAACUCUUCCUCCAACUGCAGAUAUUAAGCCAACAACAACAUCACCAGCAACAUCAAUACAACUAUCAAAAUAUUCUCUCCACUCCUAUGAAGCAGUCUGGUGAUCAGAUUUCCAGAAACACAUGCACCUCAGCCACUACCAUGCCAGGCAGCAGCCUAUCUCCUGUGAGAUCCACAAUACCAGGUCAAACCACCUGCUGCCCUUUGAAGCCAGGACCUCUUCCAUCCAAUCUGGAUGAUUUAAAGGUAUCUGAGCUGAGGCAGCAGCUGAGAAUACGAGGCCUUCCGGUGUCUGGCACUAAGACGGCCCUAAUGAAGAGGCUGAAACCGUUCCAGGAGUCCAGCAGCAACAACCUGCCAACCAGCAGCACCGGCACUACCUUGUCCAGUUCGCUCGGCGAAGUGACCACUGCACCGUUCCCCAUGGCCCCCAUCACCUCCCUGUCGAGCUUUCAGACUCAGACGGCCACCACCGUGCUGACGAACGGCGUCUAUCAGUUUGGCAGCACCAGCUCCACCCCUCCCAUUUCUCCGGCAUCGUCUGACCUCUCCGUAACGGGAUCAGACUUGAGCGGUUUGCCCGACAGCUUCAGCGACGUGCCCGUGCCCUCGCCACAGCUCGGACUCCAGCCAUCGCCCGUUCCGCUGAGCGCCGAGGACAGUCUGAUGGGCAGCAUGAAUGGGGGCAGCAUGCACGGGGAGAUGGAGGUCUUCGACACUCAGAGGGACAAGAUGCUGAUGGAAAAGCAGAAGGUCAUCGAGGAGCUGACCUGGAAGCUUCACAUGGAGCAGAAGCAGGUGGAGGAACUGAAGAUCCAGCUUCAGAAACAGAAGAGGAACAAUCUGCACGACCACCAGCAGCUGCCGGCAGUUCAGCCGCUCUUCAGCGUGUCCGUGAAGCAGGAGAACCUGAUGUCCAGCUGCCCUUUUGCGGGGCAACGGGUAAACAGCCGGAGUGUGACGCCAAUGAUCUCCUCCACCUCCAGCAACAGUUCCACCGAGAGCUUGAAUACGUGCGGUACGCCACACAAGGCGGGCGUGGUCAACAGUCAGGUGUGUGGAGAGACCACGGAGCACGGCACGGUGAGGUCGCCGCCGUUCCUGAGCCCGCAGUGCUCACCGCAACAUUCUCCUCUGGGCGCCCUCGCCGGCAGUCCGCGGCACGCCAGCCUUCCACCGUCUCCAAGCAAUCACUUCCUUCUACCCGUCUCCCCCGCCCCACUAAACGGUGAUGGGCGGAGUGGCUCACCACAUCAGCUUCAGUCCAUUCCAGCGUGCAACACUCAGCUCAAGAUGCAGGGCUCAAAGGGACAGGAUCCUCAGCAGCAGAACAGCAGUCCUCAAUUCCAGCAGCAACUCCAGCAACAUAUAAUACGACAGCAGAUCCUCAGGAAGAUGAAUGCCCCUAAUUCUCCAAAUCAAGUUGGUCAAAAGUUUGUCAUCAACGGUGCUUCCUUCUGUAACUCAAAUUCAAUCCUUAGCAAGAUCAAACAACCUCCAUCCUAUGAAGAUGCAGUGAAACAGCAAAUGACAAGGAGCCAGAUGGAUGACCUGCUAGAUGUGCUAAUUGAGAGUGGAGACGUUUCUGUCCUGGGCCUCCUCCAUUGUCAGAGUGAGGCCAAACACAGAUUGGAGGAACAGCAUCACCUUUUUCGCUUGGGCAGCUUACAAUCCAGUGAAAUGCCACCUAAUGCCAAAAAUGAUCACCAUUGUGCUCAGAAAUCAGUGCCUCAAAUCACAGUCUCAUCGGGAGCCUCCACUGUGACUGUGCACAGGACUUCAUCAAGUCCUUUUAACCACAUGUCUCCCCCCCAGCUCUCCUUUGACCAUUGUGCCAGCAACAGUGACAAUCAACUUGAAGCCCUCCUUAACUCUCGCAGCUCUUUGAGCAGGGGAACUGAUAUUACACUGCUUAAAAUUGGCAGUGAGGAUUCCCAACUUGACAGCAUCGGUGAGGGCUUCACCAGCAACUCCCGAGAAGAUAUGCUGAACGCUCGAGACAUCCUGGAAAACCCUCUCUCACCGAUGGAGACCCAGAUGUCACCUUGUUCCACACAUAGCCAUGUUAUCAACCUAGGUCUUACAGAAACUCCCCUGGAGAAUAUGGACUGGUUGGAUCUCACACCACCCAGCUCAACUGCAGGCUUUGGAUCAGCUGGUUCCUCCACACCAAGCAUCUUCUCUGCAGACUUCCUGGACGUUACAGACCUGAACUUAAACACAACGAUGAACUUGCAGUGGUAACGUGCUCAGGGGACUACAAACUACCGGUAGAUUUAAAGCCAUUUAAACAGCAAAACAAAAUAGGAAGGAAGCGUGUCGUUUGUGUGUUGGCAACAGUAAAGUAAAUGGAAAACAGCAGUUGGCUUACAAGAUUAUUGCCCUGUGGUUAUUGCAUGUAGUAAUAUUUGAAUGAGUUGAAAGCUUCAUAAAAAUAUGAAUUACUGUGUUUUACUGGAAGCAAAGUGAACACAGUCCAUCACAAAACGGAGGCACCUGCUUUAAUUCUACAUGCGACUAAAUUGGCAGGUGCGAUAUGUAGGUUAGAUAUACUGGCCAACUCUCAAUUUGGCGUUAUGCACACAACACCCAUUUCUUUGUAUAUAGCUUAAAUUUAUUCAUAACUUUUGCAAGAUUUUUUAUAAUUUUUAUUAAAAAAAAGAUUCUUUACUAAGCAAGCGAUAUUUGCUAUUCUGAAUAACGGAAAGUAUUAAAAUGCGUCUUUUCCAAACCACAUUUGCAAGUCACCCUUCUUUAUGCAAUUUGAUUCUUUGUUAUUGUGAAUAUAUUUUACUGUUCACUUUGCACAAUUAAAAGUAGAAGAGUUUUGUCACAGUUUGCCAGUGUUUCAUGUCUGCUAGGUAUUAAAAUGUUAGAAGGCAUUCCAUGCAGAAACGUAGUAGGAUUUUGCAUAAAAUCAUUGAGUUUAUGAAAUUACGCAAUGUAGUUUCUUGCAUUUCUAUUGCUUUUUGCUGACCUGAUAAUAUAAGAAAAAAGACAGGGAGGUCAAAAAUUUGUGUUUUGUUUCGCACACAAUGCAGAAACAUUUCCUGCCGUCAUCCAUCCAUUAUGAGGCUCCAUCUUGCAAAAAGCAGUAAACUGAGCAAUUGCAUUUUUUAAUCAAAAGAAAACUGAAGAAAGAUAAGCUUUCCCUGCUGGCUCUGAAGGUGAAAUUUUCUGCAUAGAUCAGAGAACAUAAAUCCUGAGCUCAAGUGCACAAUAGCAAGCCUGCAUCGGGCUUGAUAUUCGAUUUGGUUGUUUUUGCAAACUUCGAUAUUGACCAACAUGAUCUGUUUUAAAUAUUUCCGGCAUGCAACCCACAGGCUCAAAUUGAUUACGUUGGAAAAUAAAGUAUUAAUUUAAAAGGGAACAACACCAAGCAAAAAUUGUUGGUGACAGUCGUUCCAACCCUCGUCUUAGUGUAAAGAAACAUAGUUUAUUUUUGGAAAAUGUUUUUCAAACCAAAGAAGUGCUCAGAAAAGCAUUAUUUUCGUACCAUUUUGUAUUUUAUUAUAUAUCCCUUUUUGCAAUGUUAUUUGCAGUAAAAAUACUUCAAUGUGCCCGUUUGGAACAGCUAACGAUUCCAAAACCUCUGGACAGCUCAAUAUUCUGAAAUGUGACUGAAGUUUUAGCGAAGGAUUUUCUUGCUAACAUGUAUAGUAAUAAUAUAUAUUAAUAUUGUCCAAUUCUCCUGCUUAUUAGUUUAUAAAAUAUAAAAAGUAUAUCUGAAAGGUAUUGUGCAGUUAAUUAAUAUUUAUUUCCUGCGAUAUUUUGUCCUUCUGGUUAUCUUGCUUCUUUGGUAUCUUGGUGGCAACUUGCAGUUUCACUAAGAUAGCAUGGACUUCUUCAAAUAGUCAGUAAAAAUCUACAUACUCAUAGGAAUUGUAGUAUAUAAUUAUUUUUACAAUCCGUUCAAGAGCACUUCAUUGUCCAAGUUCUCUGCUUCUGAAGAAGUCAAAGUAAGUUAUAAGAUAGACACAAUAUGCUGGAGUAACUCAGCGGGACAAGCAACAUCUCUGGAUAGAAGGAAUGUUUCGGGUAGGGAAGAGUCUUGAUCCGAAACGUCAUCCAUUCCUUCUAGCCAGAGAUGCUGCCUGUCCUGCUGAGUUACUCCAGCAUUUUGUGUCUAUCUCCAGUGUAAACCAGCACCUGCGGUUCCUUCCUGCACAGUCAGUCAUAAGGUUGUUGUGGUCAAUGGCACGCCUGCAGUCUGGUUUGCAUGAGAGAUGACACUUGGGCAGAGUGACCUGGCAGCUUCAUCUCCAAUAAAACCUGCUACACCUGGUAUACGAGUAUUAACUGGGCAUAAAUCUGAUCAGCUUCUGACAU